AUGGACUAUAAAGAUGAUGAUAUUCUUAAUAUUCAAAGGGAAAUCCCUAUUAAUGAGAAGCAUUAUGAACUAAAAUUCAACCAAUUCAAAUCACUUUAUGAACUAGCUCAAUCACAUCUAAAUGAUAAAAAUUAUAUUUUAGCUUGCAAUGUUGCAUCACGUCUGUCAAUCAAAUUCAUUGAAGACCAAACAUAUAUAGAUUAUUUAAAUGAUGUAAUGGCUUCUAAAAUGUGCUUAGAAAUUUUAAAUAAUUUAUCUGUUGAAAAUACUUCUCAAGAAGUUGUAUAUCUUAUAUGGUUUUUUGAAAAAGUGUUAAGGUAUACUCAGAUUGAAGAAGAAGAAAUUGCAAAUUCCAACUUAAUUUCAGUUUUGAUCCAAGGACUAGAUAAGGAGAGAGAUGUUUUGUAUUAUGUUAAAGUUUCAUACGAGAUGCUUUCCAGUUUGUUUUAUAGAUUCCCUUCACUUUUGGAAACUUUUUUUGACUGCAAUGGCAUUGAAAUGAUGCUAGAACACAAAGAGAGGAUUGAAUAUAAAGAUGAAGAUAUAAUACUUCGAAAUAUUGGCUUUAUUACAAAUAUAAUAAUUCAAAAUAAUCCUCCAAAAGAAAUUGCAGAAAGAUUGAGCGAAAUCAUAACUAUCAUUUAUGGAUAUCAUAUGUAUGACAUUGGAUCUCAAAUUAUUGCUUCUUAUCUUGAUAAUUUUCCAGAUAUGAUCGAAUUUUUUAUCGAAAAUGAUAUUUUCGAAAUAGUUUUCUCAUCGUUACCUUAUAUAAAUGGGAAAAUAUCCAAAAUACCUAGAGAAACGCCAAUUGGUGAAAAAAUGCAAAAAGAUUAUGAAAUUGAUAGAAAAUCGAUUAUUAAUUCAUAUGCAAUAUAUAAUAUAAUCAUCUCAAAAUUAGAUCCAUCAAUGGUAGAUAGAAUGAUAACAACUUCUACUCUUGAAGAGUUUAUUUCGUGUGCAACAUCAGAUAUAUGGGAUUAUUCCAUUUAUGCAAUCAACUUUCUCACAAAUUAUUCAUCAAGAGAUCCAUUAUUUGCUAGGAAUUUGUUUGGUUCUAAUUUAUUUAGAUUUUUCAUUUCAAACUUGGAAAGAAUACCAGCGAAAAUUAGGCUUUCUGCCUGCAAUCUAAUACUUGAAAUUUUGCAUCUACUAUUUACUACUGAUGUGAUCGUAAUCGAGGAUCAAAUUUGGAAAUUAUUGAUUGAUCUAUGCUCGGAUGCAGACGAUCAAACAAUAAAUAAUAAAUUAAUAUGCAUAUUAGACUCAAUUAUCGAUCAAAAUCCUGCUAAAUUUGCUGAAUUUGCUGAACAAAUAGAUGACCUUGAAUUAGACGAAGAACUCUAUUCAAAACAACAACAUAUUCUAGAAUCAAUCGCAUCUAUCGAAGGUUCCACUAAUUAUUUUUUUGUUUGA